ACUUCCGCAGUGACCGGAAUGCUGCUUAGCAACGCAGCUACUUUAGCAAUCCCUGGUCUUCUCUGAUAAUGAACAAAACGGACAGUGCCAAGGGGUUCCGUUCGAAGUUUUGAAACAAUUCGAAAAAGAAGAGCCUCGGGUCCUUAAAUGUGGAACAAAGACUAAAGCAGUUGAUAUAGUCUAGGGUCAGGCCCGGGAGAGGCAAGAUACACGGGCUGUGCUUUGGCAGAAAAUCGGGCUGUGACAGGUAUAAAGGGUGCAACAACUGGAGGAUUUUGUUUUGUUCCUUGCGAUUGCGGGGUCUGCCUGCCUUCCUGCCUUUUUUGGUCUGCGAUUUUAACUACUCACAAUGGAGCAGUUCAGACAUUGAAGGGCACUGCUAAACAUGAGUUCCAUAAAGGAACAGGCAGCCAUCAGCAGAUUGAUAAGUUUCCUGCAGGAGUGGGACAAUGCCAACAAAUUUACACGACAUCGUAUUUUAGAAAAUUUCAUCAUGACGAGCCAUGGCAAAACAGGUCCUGAACUGGAGGUAGAAUUCUCUCAAGGAGCCAGUUUGUUCCUGGCCCGCUUAACUGCCUGGCUUAGGCUGACCUACAUGUAUGGAACAUGUUUAGAGCAACUAUUGAAAUCCAUUGGCAUCUUCCUAUCAGCUGCAAGUGGCCAGCGGUACCUUAUUGAAUUCUUGGAGGUCGGUGGCAUCCUUACACUGCUGGAAAUACUUGGGCUCAAGCAACUGAAGGAGGAGGCUAAAAGGGAAUCCAUAAAGCUUCUUCAGUUUGUAGCAAGUUCUGGCAGGAAGUUCAAAGAGCUUAUUUGUGAAAGCUAUGGUGUGCGAUCAAUUGCAGAGUUUUUGGCCACUUCCAAAUCAGAAGAGACUCAAGAACAAGUGCAGAUUCUUCUGGAUAACUUAGGCCAUGGCAACCCCAAGUAUCAGAAUCAGGUGUAUAAAGGCCUGAUUGCUCUUCUAAAGUGCACAUCCCCCAAAGCCCAACAGCUGUCUUUACAAACACUCAGGAUAAUGCAGACAAUUGUGGGACAAGUCCAUCCAAGUAUUGUGGAAUCUGUGCUAGGUGUGCUUCGAUCUGUUCACUUGGAGGUACAAUAUGAAGCAAUUCAGCUGAUCAAGGACCUUAUGGCCUAUGAUGUGCAGUCAGAACUACUGAAAGGACUGGUUUCAUUGUUAAAGCCAUCAAGGCAGGAGACUGCCAAGACACAAGCCAGAAUCCUAGAAGAACCAGGGUCACUGCGUCUCAUGGAAUCCUUGCCAGCAUAUAUUCAGCAAGCUGCUGCAGCCAAAACCAUUGGAAUUCUAGCCCAAGACUCCAGCAGAGUGGCUGAAGAGCUGAUCUACUUGAAUGUGGUGCAUGGUCUCAUGUGUGCCAUGGGCAACAAAGACCACACCAACUGUCAGAGACAAGCCAGCAUCACACUAGAGUAUUUUGUCAAGAUGUUCCUACUGGUGGAAAAAACAGUCCGGCAUGCCAUGGGAGAGAAAUUGUUCCAGCUGUUCAUGAAAGAUGCAACAAAUUUGUAUCUGAACAUGGAUGCUGUACAGGCAGACAUCUUGGCCACCAAUAUUAUUAACAUGCCAGCAGAUCUCAUUGCUAUUGUAAACACGGAACUCCCACAAGAGGAAGAAUCCAACACUCAAAUGGAAUUGCAGACUGAAGACAGAAUCGAGUCUCCUUAAUUCCUGACCUUCCUCAAGAAUUGGGUUUCCUUAUCUAUUUUCUCCUUCCAGUUUUUCUUAUAUCCCUUCUAGUCUUUGCCCAUUUGUCAGGUUCUUUUUCCCACUCAAGAAAGAUAUGGAGGUCUGCAACUGCAGUGCAGACUGCACUUAACUAUGUGAGAGGUGACUUUACUAGCUUUCCUUCCCUUUAAACAACUUGAAAACCCAUAAGAUUUCUUGUUUUGGUUAUUAAUAAAAAGGUAUUAACUAGA